GUUCUUGCAGACCUGUGACCCAUGGCCAGCUUUUUACAUUCAAUAUUUGGCCAUUUGGAUUGAGCUGCCGAAUGCCUUGGGACCCAGUUAUUUCAGGAACCGCCUAUUUGGGACCCAGAGGUCCCCGUUUACCGGGGAGAGGCCCUAACUUCUAGACGCUGUCCUUGGUAAAUCACAGCUCCUGACUCUUGGGAGUGCCCCAUUCAGGGUUUUUUUCAUGGUUUUUUUUUCAACUAGAGGAGGAGUUGUUCAGGAUUCAGUUCUCUCCCCACAGGAACAGAGGAAGCUGCUUUCUACAGAGUCAGACGCUUGGUCCAUCUAGCUCAGUAUUGCCGACACCAGUCCUGCUCAACUUAGCCCCCCACAUCUGUUUUUGGACUACAGCUCCCAUAAUCCCCAGACACAGUGGCCAAUAGCAAGGGAUUAUGGGAGUCGUAGGCCAACAUCUGCAAGAGGGCCGAAGUUGAACAGCCCUGGUCUCCACUGACUGGCAGCUAGGUUGGAGGAGGGGGAAGUGAUUGUGUGGAAGAUGGAUGCAGGCUCCUAUGGCGUUUCCUCCUACUUUGGUAAUAUGCUGGCUAAACGUGCAGGGCAGGAGGAUGCUAGGGGAACCCAGGCCCGCCUGCCACAUGAUUCCUUCUCCUUCCUCUCUAGCUUUUAAUUCACACAUGACCAAAACCCAGAAGUGAGCACAGCAACCAAAGCUGGACAACCCUAACCCAGUUAGCGGUAGUGAGAACAUCCUUUUUAAUUUAUAGCUCAACGUGUGUCGCCAUGAUAGGGUUAUCAUCUGCCACUCUAUUUAGAGACUGUUGUCUGCUUUUCUUGCGGCCACUGGUGUGUUUAUAACAUUGUGUGAGCUGCUUUGCGUGUUUUUACAGAAGAGCAGGAUAGCAACCACACUGCCUUCCAGAAUCAUUGUUGCUAUUAAUUUGUUAAGCGCUUAAAUGUACGUGAACAUUGUUAGACCCAAAGCGUCCUCGCUGUUUUUGUUUUUGUUUUCUCCCCGAGAAAAAGGCCGCCCCCACCAGGACAGAAGGGAGCAACAGGCAGAGCAUGGCCGCAAUUUGCUGCAUUGUGCUGCCCAGAGAGGCCAUAUCAAGGUGAUUGAGUACAUCAUGGAAGAUCUCGAGGAGGUGUGGCUGAAUAAGAAGGACAAGGUGGACAGAACUGCUUUCCAUCUGGCCGCAGAGAAUGGGCAGCUGGAAGUGGUGAAGUUCCUGCUUGCCUUAGGUUGUGCUCACAGCCUCAAAGACAAGGAAAAAAACACUGCCCUCCACUUAGCUGCCAAGAACGGUCGCACGGAGGUGCUGCAGAAGCUUGUUGAAGUUGGAAUGGACCUUGACGAGAAGAACACAGAAGGGUUGACCGCCCUGCACUUGGCUGCUGAAGGAGGACAUCAGGACUGUGUGAAGCUGCUCCUGGAAGCCGGCGGUGAUGUGAAUGUCCAAACUCAGAAAAAGAUGACCUGCCUUCAUUAUGCUGCACUGAAUGGCUAUGAAGACAUGGCCAGAGUCCUCCUCGAUGCAGGGAUCCAGACAGAUGCACUGAAUUACCAAAACGCAUCAGCUAUGCACGUCGCGGUGCUGCAGAACCACCCAGCCAUCGUGAAGCUCCUCAUUGAUGCCGAAUGUGACUUGGAUAUCCCUGAUCAGAGGCAGCAAAGCCCUCUCCACAUUGCAGCAGAGCAUGGGUGGCAGGACAUUGCCGAGAUGAUCCUGAUUGCCGGGGUGAACCUGAAACUAACUGACAAGCAAGGAAAAACAUCGGUGGACGUUGCUGCCCGCAGCAACCACAUCAACUUGACAGAUAUGAUCAUCAAAGCUGAUAGAUUUUACAAAUGGGAAAAAGAUACCCUAAACAGCGAUUCCGAUUCCUGGGUCACCAAGCAUUUAACGUUCAAGCAAGACCAUCGGCUGGAGACGCAGCACAUCCGCUCCGUCAUGUGGAGGCUCGCUACCAAAUACCUCAAACCCAACGAGUGGAAGAAGCUGGCACACUACUGGAAAUUUACGGAGGCACAUAUCCGAGCCAUUGAGCACCAGUGGGCAGGCACAAAAAGCUACCGGGAACACGGCCAUAGGAUGCUGCUUAUUUGGCUCCAUGGCGUCGUCAUGGCAGGGGACAACCCCAUCAAAGGACUGUACGAAGGCCUAGUAGGCAUUGGCAGGAGAGAUUUAGCAGAAAGCAUCAGGAAACAAGCAAACACAGACGCUACUUCUCCUAGGAGGUGUACCACGAUGUGAUACCUGGAAGGGCACAGCAAAGCCCCUUCAGAGGGUCUCGUUCCAGGAGCUGCAUCUAGGGAACUGAGAUACUUUGAACAAUUGGCCAAAAGGGGUCCAUAACCUCUCUCUAAGGGCUUCUUGCCAUAACAAAUGGCAACAUCUUCCACUCUAGUUCAGGUAAAUGCAAGAUAUCCAUCAGCUGUUCCUAGUCACAGAAAUGCAUUCUUACCACAAAAGGGAUGCUUGAUUUAUUAUUUCCUCAAACAUGGAAUCUGGAACGGGAGAUAUAUAUCCAACUUGCCAACUUAGUCUGAGAUGAAGGCUGCAAGCUUAUGCUUAUGCACAAAUGGAACUUACUUUUGAGUAAUAUGGAGCAGACGGUAAAGGCGGAUUUCAACCAUCUUCUUUAAAAUGAGAAAAUCUCACUGUGAUGUAUGGAAGCUCUGGAUUCCUGUCUGGGUACCUGUUCUUCUAAAAUGCACUUCCACUGUCAUAGCACAAAUACAACCGCAGGAAAGGUUGGACGGACCUUUCCUAGAAGGAGUUCCAGGACUGCAUCUUAUGUUUUGCCAUGCAAGGGUGUAUUUUAAGAGGGUUUUUUAAAAAAACAAAAAAACCUGUGUAAACACCAAGAGCUCCAAUCAGGUUCCAGCCAUCCCUGUUUAUUUCCACAGUGUAACUUGUUUACAUCACAUGACUAUAGGUCUAACUUUUAACUUUUCUUUUAAUUGAAGAACUGUACAAAGAUGCAUUCUCCAUCCAGCCCAUUGCAGAAUGCCUUGUUCACCUUUUUUUUUUAAAAAAAACCCAUGACCUGUGCCACAAAUCCAGCCUAAGUUAAACAUUGUGUAUAGGGUUACCUUUGAAGACUCACUGGAAACUCAAGAUUUCCAGCUAAGCUACUAACUGGGACCAGUUAACAGGGAUGUCUCUUGUUGGUGCUGAAUCUGCUCCACUGACUUCUAGUCCACUUUUUUUUUUUUUAAGCACAAUUCAAACUGCUGGUGCUUACUCUAAAGGUUCUACACAGCUUAGAGGCCAGGUAUCUAGAAGAUCACCCCCUCCCAUACAAACCUGCCCCUAUAACUAUGGUCAUCUUUUGAAGGCCUUCUGGGUGAGUGGGUGGGUGUGCGUCGUCCUCAUGUGGCUACUCUGGUGUCUCUUUGACAUGAGGCCAAGACCUUUUAUUUUCAUCCACCUUCCAUCUAAACCAACUCUUACAUGCUUAAUCCCCGAUGGAAAGGGUUUCAUGCUAGCUUUGUUUUACUGCUGCUUUCGUGCUUGUGUUUCUUCUGUAUUACAAACCACACAAUCCAUGUGUGUGUCUUAUAAACCACCCUGGGAAACCAAGCAGCAGGGUGUGAAUCUAUCCAAUAACUUUUCAAGCGCUAUGGGAGUGGCAGAGGCAAUUGCACGCUUUCCCCACUAAAAACGCUGGACUUAGUGAUGCGCGUGGGUUUGAUCCUGCCGUGUAUUUUUAACUGUCCUGCAGAGCUCCCCUUUACCGAGAUGUUAUGUGAACUACAGAAAUGACACAGCCGGUAACAUCAGUCCCGGAUGCUAUUCUCAGGGUCACUUUGUAUGCUAAAAGCGGAGAGCAGUUCCCCCAUCACCACAGCAUCUUGCCUACAACUCUUGAACUUUGUCUAUCAAAACCAACAGUAAAGCCUGCAGAGACACAUCCGGCAGGCAGGUUCUCACAAGUGUGAAUUGGGUAGGACAAGCCCUCCUAUCCAAGUCCAGGAGCUGUACCUGCUCCCGAUUUGUGAUCUGUGUGCUCACAGAAAGCAAGAUAGGAGGCGGGGAAAAUGGUCAUCUGCAAGGCUCGUGCUCACUCCUACCUAGAAGCCACACUCAGCUAUUUGUGGUAUAUGACAAAGACAACAAAUAUUUAUACGCCACUUUCCAACAGCUUCCCAAAGCAGUUUACAUAGAAAUAAAGGAAGUAAAUAAAUUAAAUGGCUCCCUGUCCACAAAGGGCUCACAAUCUAAGAGAGAAACACUAGACACCAGCAACAGCCACUGGAGGGAUGCUGUGCUGGGGACGGAUAGGGCCAGUUGCUCUCCCUCUGAUCAAUAAGAAGCAUCACCACUAAAAUGGUGCCUCUUUACUCAGUAAAGCACGGCUUUAAUGAGGCAGAAGGAGAAGCCCUGUUACCCAGCAGGAGCAUCAAAGACAAUCACUUUCCAUCUCCUACCUUGCUUUUUACAAGCACACUGUCACAGAUCAGCACACACAGCUCUCAAACUUGAGCAGGACACUUGCCCUACUCCCAAACUUGAGUAUGAUAUUUGUGGUAGGAGAGCUGGUCUUGUGGUAGCAAGCAUGACUUGUCCCCCUAGGUAAGCAGGGUCCACCCUGGUUGCAUCUGAAUGGGAGACUAGAAGUGUGAGCACUGUAAGAUAUUCCUCUCAGGAGGUGGAGCCGCUCUGGGAAGAGCAGAAGGUCCCAAGUUCCCUCCCUGGCAGCAUCUCCAAGAUCGGGCAGAGAAAGACUCCUGCCUGCAACCUUGGAGGAGCCACUGCCAGUCUGUGAAGAUAAUACUGAGCUAGAUGGACCAAUGGUCUGACUCAGUAUAUGACAGCUUCCUAUGUUCCUAUCCUAUGUUCCCUACUGAAUUAACACUUAUGAGAACCAGCCCAUUGUGUAGCAUUCAGACACAAGAACACCCUUCCAAUGGUGAAAGGAUGAGUCAACAGUGACUUUUCCAUAACACGCAAAGCCUCUCUCAUAUCAGCUCGGAACAUGCAAGAGAAUAAAGAUGUCGGGUUAACAACAGGAGGCUACACCGCUGGCAAUCCAGUUUGGAAAUGCCAUGGUUGGAAAUGCCAUGUUUCUGGAGGAGCAGCCGACCAAGCUCCUUUGAAGACUGAGUGGGGGGAAGAACUUGAUUGAAAAUGGCAUACCAAGUUAAAGGGGAAACCAGCCGUCUUACAACUAAACCAAUACUUUUCUAAUUUGUGCUGUGGUCCUCUUAUUUUAUACACCUUAGCUAUGCACCUGGAGAUAGGUUGGCCAUGAAGCCUCUCCUCUUUAGCAUAAAGAUACCUAAAAGUUCAUUCAAGAAGCGAUCGUCCACUUUAGAUAUUUAUUAAGCUGAUGCUUUACAGACUGGCAAUCUUGACCUCAAGGCUAGCAUGUGGGUUCCAGUCUAGUUAAGAGUGAUAGGGCAAGCACCUGUUUAUAUCUGACAAAGUCCACUUUUCUUAAAACUUGUCAUUGUUUUGUAUUUUUUAAAAUCAGUGUUAACGAGCGUAAAAUGUUUUCCAAUAAACUAAUUUUUCCCUUGA